AUGGCUGAUUUCGAAGGAGGAUAUGGUUGUGCCGUUGGUCUUCUCACCUACGAUUGCUUUGAUAACAUUGAGGAGUUCGUGCAAGAGGCUAUUGAUUCCGGCCACGAUUUUGUCGCAACGCCCAUUGUCCAUUCAAAAUACAGUCGAGUGCUCGAAUGCAAAGCAGGGGAUAGCUGGCGAGACGCACCUGUCUACGAUCGCGGCGAUCUUGUCCUUCGAAAAGCACAAUGGUCUGAUGCGGUGGCCGGCAGCUUGUCGGAAUGGAUCCAAUUAGAUUCAAAAGAUGAUGAUAUCCGUAUCAACUCUGAGCUGGCUUUCAAGCAAGAAGUUGCAUUUGCAUGUCAUCUUGGUCUCUUUACGGUGAUCACACCACGCUUGGUGCCUGGUACAAGUUGUAUCAACAUGGCUCGUGUUAUCAACCAUCUUGUCACUGGCAUGUCUGUUACACAGAUGUGGGUGCAUGUAUUGAUGGAUAACCAACAUGCGGCAUGGAGACAAUGGAAUCAAUUCCGAGGUUUGACUGAGAACAAUCCCAAAAUUGGAGUGGUGUUGGAGUUACCUGCCGUUUUGCCCGAGGAUGACAUGUUGUUGGAUGCAUGGUUCGCUGAACCUGUCAAAGCCGUCAUUGUCCCAAGUGAGAUCUUUAUCAGCAAUCCUAAAGGUUACCCCGUCUUGAGCAAGCGCCAUCAAUCAUUUGUCAAAAAGCUGAUGCGUCGUAUGCAACCUCAAAUGAUUGUCACCGUUCCUACAACUCAAAUCCAUGCAAGUGCAACACCAUCCUCUUAUCAAGAAUACAUCCACUAUCUUCAUCGCAAUUUACCAGCAAUGGACCAAGUGGAGGAAUUUGCUUCUGGAUAUCAAGAUUACUUACAAGCGCCUUUACAACCCCUGAUGGACAAUCUUGACAACAACAUGUACGAGACCUUUGAAAGAGACCCCAUCAAAUACCAGGAAUAUGAAAAGGCUGUGUAUCACGCUUUGUUGGAUCGUGUUGAACAUGGAUCGGACUAUGUCACGAAAAUCAUGGUGGUCGGUGCUGGACGUGGUCCUUUGGUGAAUUGCUGCUUGCGUGCUGCUGACAAGGCCGAGCGCAAGGUACAAUUGUACGCUCUUGAAAAGAACCCCAAUGCAUUUGUGACGUUACAAAAUGCCAAAGCCGAAGAAUGGCAUGACCGUGUCACGUUGAUCUUUGCCGAUAUGCGAAAAUGGAAACCGGAUACGAAGAUUGAUAUUCUUGUGAGCGAAUUGUUGGGAUCAUUUGGUGAUAACGAGCUCUCCCCCGAAUGCUUGGAUGGUGCACAAAAGUUCCUCAAAGAUGAUGGUAUCUCGAUCCCUGCCUCCUACACCGCUUAUGCUGCACCCAUGGCUUCAUCCAAGUUAUAUAACGAGGUAGCUGCUUACAAGGAUCUCGUGCAUUUUGAGACACCCUAUGUUGUUAUGUUUCAACAAGUCUGUGAACUUGCCCCUUCCAAAGCCUUAUGGACAUUUGAGCAUCCCAAUCUUGUGAUCCCCAAGGACCAAGACCCCACCAAUAACCUUCACAAUGCACGUUACAGCCGAGUGCAAUUCACUGUCAGCGACAAAGAGGAUAUGGUGAUGCAUGGCAUCUCUGGUUAUUUCGAAGCAGUAUUGUACAAGCAUGUCAAGAUCUCGAUUCAUCCAGAGACGCAUUCUCCUGGCAUGUUCAGCUGGUUCCCUAUCUUCUUCCCUAUUCGAACACCUAUGCAAAUUCCCAAGGGAUCGACUGUGACAUUGGACUUUUGGAGAGUAUCGGAUGCGAAAAAGGUCUGGUAUGAAUGGAGCGGUACCGUGGAAUCAGAUCAAGGCAGCCAUACAGCCGUACUACCUAUUCACAACGUGGGUGGUCGUUCUUACUGGGUCGGAUUAUAG